CUCCCCUUCCUUCACUUCCUGCAGUGUGGCGCUGUGGCAGUGUUGUGCUGCUGUUGGCUUGUAAACAUGGCUACUGCUGGAGCAGCUGGAGACGACCUGAGGAAAGAGCUCACAUGUGCCAUUUGUCUGGACUUCUUCAAGGACCCCGUCAUACUGAAAUGCGGCCAUAAUUUCUGUCGUUUCUGUAUCUGCAUGCACUGGGACGAAAAUGGCGGAGACUACGGAUACCAGUGCCCUCAAUGCCGAACGGUGUUCAACAAGAGGACCUUCACUAAAAACUACCUGGUGCAGAACCUGGUGGCCAAACUGGACGACCUGGAGUGUCUGGGGUCCUGUCCCACCCCCUCUAAACCCGUUAAAGUAGAUGGAAAGUGUGAGCAACAUGGAGAAGAGCUGAAAUUGUACUGCCAGACUGAUAAAAGGCCCAUCUGUGUGGUCUGCAGGGAAUCUAGAGCACACAGACACCAUGAGGUAGCACCAGUGCCAGAAGUUGUAAAUGACAUGAAGAUGGAGUUGAAACUGAGGCUAAUGGAGCUCAACUGGCAGAAGUCUCAGUGUGUAAAAGUUAUAACAGCUGAUGAACGCACCAGAAGUGAAGUGAGGUUGAAGAAACAGAGACUCAAGGAGAAGAUUGAGGCGGACGUUGGCGCUUUGGUCCAGUUCUUGCUAGAUGAGAGAGACUCCCUGCUUGAGAGCCUGGAUGCUGAGGAGGUGGCCAACAUGGCCGUAAUAGACGAGAACUUGAAGGUUGUGGAGACAGAGGUGUCAGCUGUGGACAAAGCUAUAGCUGAUAUCCACAGCCACAUCAGUGGGAAAUCUAGCUUUGAGAGCCUUGCUGAGACAUUCAAUGAAGUCAUUCACUGCAAGCCUUUCACAUCUCUCGAUGCGGUUAAUUGUGCAACUGAAUUUACAGACUUCUCAGGGCCCUUCCAGCUUAUCAUGUGGAAGAAGAUGAUGCACGUGCUGCAUACCAUGCCUCAGAACCUCACCUUAGACCCGGACACGGCUCACCCAAACCUGCUUAUCUCAGACUUUGACACCAAAGUGGAGGAGGGCCGCGUUCGCAACCAGGAGCCAGACCUGCCGGCGCGCUUCACCCGUUUCUGCGGCGUCCUCGCCACAGCCCAGUACGCAAGCGGCCAGCACUACUGGGAGGUGGAUGUGAAGGACAAAGGUGUGUGGUACCUGGGAGUCACCACCGAGUGCAGCAACAGGAAGGGCUUCGUCAGCCUCACUCCCUCCGCAGGAUACUGGAGUCUGUGUCUGCAGGACCGGCUGUAUGCCAACGGAGAGGAUGGGCGCAUCCCUGUCGCUGACUACUGGAACUCUCCUCGGGUCGGCGUGUACCUGGACUACGACAACGGCCGUCUUAGUUUCUAUGACGCCGUCACAAUGAAGAGAUUGUACAUGUUUGACACCUGCUUUGAAGAGCCGGUCUAUCCUUUCUUUAGCCCAGGGAAGAAUGAUCCAGGCAGCAGGCUGCAGAUAUGCCACUAUUACUGAGAGAGCUGUGAAAAGUGUUUAAAUAUAGUUCUCUAAGGGUAAACUCGCGUAUGCCGGUGUUUUCAGAUUUGCUGCAGACAAGGUUUUAUCUCACAGACCAGGCUGGAGUGACAGGGUGAUGUAGAGCCUUUGAGCCAUGUACUGUACGCAUUUGAGCUGUUACUUGUUGGUCUUACUGGUGUUAUAAGUCAAGAGUUACGCUGAAUAAGAAAUACCAGGUGUCUCGUCACACUUCGGUUGUACUGAAGAGCUUCAUUUUUCCAAUAUUUUGAGGUUGAAAUUUUGAAAUUUGGUAUCUUUCAACCUAGACACACACUGUAGGUUUUUACCCCUGACUACUGUGGCUGGGGGGUUUGGAGAGGUGCUUUGCUGUCUAUAUCACUGUGUCUGCUGGGAUGCAGAUGCCUCAGAUGCUCUUGUUGAUAAGAGCACACUCAGCUCUUAUCCUAUUAGCAACCACUAUGCUAUACUAAUGUACAUUAACUCAUAUUGGCUAUGUUUUUGCCAGGCAGGGUCAGUGCUGUUGCCUUGUUGGGUAGAACUUGAAGGAAAUAUGACAUUGUUAUCACAUUGAUAGUUGUUGACAAUUAAGAUUCCCUCAUUAAUUUCAGACUGAAGGACGGUCAGUUCAGUGCUGAUAGUUAUCAGAGAUAUUUGACUGAAAUUGUCCACCUUGGGAUCUCGGCUCCCAGACAAUAUAAGACUUCCAGGGUUGUGUGUUUUGUGGAUGUUAACGUCAGUACAAAUAAUUUUAUCAUUAGCCUUUUAAAGUCGCCUUCAUAUCUUCAAUCUUUUUAUUUUGAAAAUUCUGUACUUUGUAAACAUUUUUGGACUUACAUAUUCCUCUGUAUAGUGCUCUGAGUUGCAUUUUGAAGCUUUUUUUUUUUUUUUUUGUCAGCAGCGAUACUGAAGACAUGACGUGCCAUUUUGCUUUGUUCCAAGUAUUUUAAAAAUCUGAGACAUUUUAUCAGUCUUCUUGAACAUGAGCAGGUAUAAGACAAAGCAAACUGUUUUCAAAUAUUCAAACGGCAAAUUAUUAAGCUUUACAGCCAUGUCCUUGAAUAUAUCGUCACUAAACGAGUGAACCUGUAGACGUGCUGAACUUCAAAAGACUUCCAACAACAGCCAAGAGCCUGGUGGACUUGGCUAAAACUUAAACCCGGAAUGCUGAAUGAAAGUUUUGUUACAUGUUCAUGUUUUUUGUUUGCUUUUUUACAAACUAUUUGCAGCAUUUCCUUAAUUAUAUUCCUUUUAAAUGAUCCUGCUUUAGAUUAUUAAUUGCUAGCCGUUGAGUUGGUCCUGGAGCUGCAAAUUAGUAUUGACAUUUUUAGGUCUGUUGUCCAACUCGGUCCAGUCAGUGUGAUUUCUAUUUUUCACAAUUGGUGUUAAAUGUGAAAAUACAUGUAUCUGGACGCUUAUAUAUAUUUUUCCUUCCUUCAUAAACUUAUGAUUUAAA